GAUGAUUCCUUACUAACAGAUGCUAUAAAAAGGGAUGAUUUCAAGAUGGAAAGCUUUAAGACAACCGCAUCCAAGCUAAAACAACUGGAUAUCACAAGGAAGAGCCAGAAUAGAAAUGGAGAAUCCUUAGUAAACAAGACUAAAAGUUACACCAAGAAUAACACAAGCAAAGAUAAUAUAAACAAUACGACUUCCUUGGAGAUGAUCAAAAAUGUCUGUGAGAAUUACGGUCUCACAAGGAGAGAAGUCUUUGAGAUUCAUUCUCAGUUCAAAGCUAUGACUAUUCCUCUAGACCACAUUUGUAACGAGGGAAAUACCAUAAACGAGGAGUACUUUGAGGCCUUAAAGAGAUACAGAAAUCCUGAGAAGUAUAAGAAAGACCUAAAUAAGACUCAGAAUGAUACUACUGCAAAUCAGAGCUCGGCUCCUGAAAAUUCUCAAGAGAAAGUAGAUGGGAUCAGGCUUGACUAUUUCUCUGAUAACUGCACUUUCCUUUAUGGUACACAUCCUGAAGUCAAGACAAGGCUCUUCAAAGCUUUAGGAAUAGACACUGAGAGCAAGAACAGUUACAUUAAAUGGGAGCAAUUUGUAGAACUAUAUUGAAUAUGAGAGCUUGGAAAUAUCACCAAAAGUGAACUCAUCAGAUUUUGGUCUAAAUUCUUUGACCCAACAAUGCUAGGCUUAGUCUCAGUAGAAUCAAUUGCAGAUAUCCUUGAGAAAUGAGUCAGAGGAACUUCUCUUGAAGAGCCUAAUGAAGGAACUAUUCUAUUCGCAAAGACGAUAAUUAAUCUUUUCAGAGAGCAUGGUUGUAUUCAAAUGAUCAACAAUGAAGAAUUUGUGAACAACACAAAAGUUUCCGAAGCAUUUGCAAGUGAUGCAAUCGACAUGAAGCUCUUCAGUGAUGCUCUUGGGAACAAAGUAGUUAACUUCAAAAUAGAUUAAUAUAAUUUUCAUCAACC